UUGACUUCGUGUCUCCGCCUUUUCUUCCGUCCAGCCGAGGCGGCGAGGACUCAAUGCCUCACUCAUAGGUCAUAGCUGGAUUUACCUUCUGCCUCAGCUCCGGCGAGGGAGGCUGCCGGCGGCGAGGCAUUUGUACCGUCUCUCAUCCUCACCCGCUCUCUCCCCCCGUUGCAUCGUCCCUUGCGUUGUGGACGUUUCUUGCUCUGCGAACGCGACGCCCGCCACCUGUUCGACGGAAUGCGUCCAGGGGAGACGGGGAAAAGGGUUAAGGGAUCCCCAUCUCGAAGCGGCGGCGCCGACGAGGAUCGGAUUGGAUGCCUUCCGGAUGGGGUCCUCCACCACAUCCUCGGGUUCCUGCCGGCGCCGGACGCCGUGCGGACGUGCCUGCUCGCACGGCGCUGGCGCCACCUCUGGAAGUCCGCCACGGGCCUGCGCAUCUCCGAAGGCUACGGUGUGGAAAAGCUCCAUGAUUUCGUGCACCACCUGCUGCUCCUCCGCGGGGGCGCGCCCCUCGACACGUUUGAGCUAGGUUCCAUCGAUUUGGCCGAGGGAGACAACCGCAGCAUGAACCUCUGGUUCCGGCAUGCCCUGCUGUGCCAAGUCCGGGUGCUCCGGCUGAAUGUCUUCGGCCUCGAGCUACACGACCUGCCUUUCGUCUCCCGGCACUUGGUGAAGCUAGAGCUUCGUUUUGUGAUAUUGAUGCACAGUUUCCUUGAUUUCUCUAGCUGUCCGGUGCUAGAAAAUUUAGAGAUUGUCUCCUCCGAGUUGUCAGAUGCCAAGAGGAUCUCUUCCCAGUCCCUGAAACACCUCAACCUUACUCAUUGCACUUUCAGCGAAAAUGUCCGAAUUCGUAUUGAUGUGCCGAAUCUACUUUCCCUGUGGCUACAAGAUUAUCGCUGCCGGACUCCUGUGUUUGAGGUUAUGCCGCUAUUAGUGAAAGCAUUUGUCAGUGUAACCGGUGACUCUGGGGAUUGGUUAACUUGUACAAGUGGUAAUGCUGACUCCGAGGAAUGCCCUCAUGACGAUUGUGAGCUUUGUUAUAGUAACACCAACAGAAUGCUUCUGCAAGCUUUAUCACAGGCUAGGAGUUUGAUGUUGGUAGCUCAGAAUCAAGAGUUUGUUUUCAAAAGAGACAUGAUGCGGUGCCCUACAUUUAGUAACUUGAAGACUUUGUUACUCAUUGACUCCUUCUACGUGGCCUUCGACUUGCAUGGAAUAACUUGCAUCCUUCGACACUCACCAGUUCUAGAGAAACUCACUCUUGAGCUUUUUUGUCAGGAAUCUGAACAUAUAUUGGAAAUGAAAGGAAGCUAUAAUCAAACGGAGAGGUCAUCUGCAAUACCAGAGCAUCUUAAGUCAGUCGUAGUCAAAUGUGGAGUGAUUGAUGAGAGAGUUACCAAAGUUUUGAAGUUCCUGUCUACAUUUAAUAUUCGUAAGAUAACUAGCAACACUGUUCAUUGUUUCUAUAUUUCUAAAAUUUUCCUCCAGGUUCAUAUUUAUGAAAGAAAGCAAAUAAUGUAGAAACUCCUACUUUGUUAGAAAAUCAAGAGAUAGCUGUACGAAAUUGAAAAGAAAAUGAAAAAUCCUGCACUGCAUUUGGUGGGAACGUGGAGCUCAAUCUAAUCUGUUGUGUUGGCAGAUUGUAUGCAUAAAGCUAUGUACGGUCAUUUUAUUGUCAAGUACAACGCAUAAACAGUAGGGUGAUGUGUUGAAUAGUUUUCAAUAUUUGACUUGUGCUGAUAAUUUAUUGGCUUGCUGAUUACUAGUUCCGAAGCAGCACGAUUGUAUUUUUUUUUAUAACUUAACAAUCAGUAAUUGUAAGCAAUAACACAUUUUAUUUUCCACCUUCGUUUUCUUUUAUAAUACUGUGAAAAUACUUUCUUACAUGGGCCUUGUUUUCAUCAGUUUAUAAACCUGUAGUCUCACAUGCUCAAUAAUUUGAGUUAUUUUUCUUCUUUGUACUGGUUGCACAUUUAUGAAGAAAACCAUUCUUGCCAUGUCCAUGUCCAGCUAUUUCCUUUAUCCGAUUGAUGGCUUCAAUAGUUCCUUGUGAAUGAAACGCCUUCGACUGAUUUAUGUUUUGAUUGUAGCUCGGAUGUUAUGACUUGUGAGAAAACAUGGUUGGUCUGUGUUUGUGAGGGGGUAAUUUAGGCUGAUGAACUUUUUUGUUGAGAGCAGGUGGAAAAUGGGAAAUGGUUCAUGAUCAUUAAUCAUAUUUUUGUGUCAUCUUUAUGUUACUACUUACUACUAGAACGUAUUACUGUUAUUAAUUGAGCUGCAUGCUGAUCAAGUGAAUUUCACCUUUCUUUUAGUACAUUUCACAAAAUCUUGGUUUUGGAGGUUCAUAAAACCCCCUAGGUUUCACUAUUUAUUUCAAGGAAACCCAGGUUUUCGGAGCAACACUUUUCAUAAAACCUUAGUUACAUGUCUAUCAUCGAUUUGUGUAUGGCCCAUUAUUUUUGUGUAUAAUGCUUAUACAAAGAUCGUAUGUGGGUUUACAUAGACAAUUAGCUACCUUCUCCUCAACCGUUGAUUGCUGAUAGCAUGACCAUUUGUGGGUUUACUUAACUAGUUAACGUAUCUUUACUGCUGGGGUUCACAUUAUCACAUUAUCAUCUUUUUUUUCUGCCAUCGUGCAGUGGGAGAGAUAGCGUAGCCUAGGAAUGUGUUUUAGGCCUACUCUGUGAGUAUAUACUUGAAAUACUAUAUAAUUAUAUAUUUUAGUGGCAUAAUUGUUUUGCAUAUAGAUGCUUGUUUAUGAAACAUUUUUCCUUAAGUAGGGUUAUAUGAAACAAAUUGCUAACCAUGUUUUUAUUAAAAAAAAACUAUUUUUGUAGUCUGUUACCUUAUUAUGAGUUUCUUGGAAUUGCACAUUUUAAUUGCUCAGUUGAUGCUCUGACUAUGAACUGACUGCAUUUUCUCUUGCAGGUUUCAGUUUCGAGUAGGGUUCAAAAAUUGGGCUGUACAUGAAUCUACUAGUCUAUUUACUGUUCAGUGCUGUGACAACUGAGAUGGUUGCUGUAUUAUGGGAUGGAGUUAGUAUAUCCUAUGUCAGUUCUUAGCCACACGAACGGUUUAGAACUGACAAUGACCUAGUAAGAAUCUGUAGUAGACGGAAUUAAGAAGGGCAGGUAAUCUAGUUGGAACUAUGCUAGUUAAUUCGGAUCCAUUCUCUCGGGGAUGAUGAAUCUGCUAUCUUGCUUUAAUCAACAUUUCUCCGCCAGUAAUGUUUAAUAGUACACACAUCUGGUAAUGUAUUUGACUAUUUGGGCGUGUGUUCAUGGGUGGAGAAACCAUUUUUCGUAGGUCGAUCAAAUUUCACAUUAAAAACCGGGACUAAAAAUGCCGGUUAAAAAAAUUUUGAUCUUAAAGGAUCAUCUUUAGUCCCGGUUCAUCCUCUGUCAGAGGCAUGUCAGGGGGCCGAGGAUCUUUAGUUCAGGUUGAUACUACCAACUGGGAUAAAGAUUAUCAUUUACUCCCGGUUAAAUGAUCAUUUAGAUCUUUAGUAUCGGUUGGUGUUAUUAACCGGGAGUAAAUAUUUCUCCCCCACAUCUGAUCGGUUAAGUCAUUAACCGGAGUAAAUAUUUCUCCCCCACAUCUGAUCGGUUAAGUCCCAGACAUAUAUUUAGAUAAGAUUAGAUCAUCCCCUCUCUUCAUAGUUCACAAUCUGUUCCGGUAUUUAAAUUUACUGUCAAGCAACUGAACAUUGUAAUAUCUGCAGAUGAUGCUUACUGCCUCAGAUUGUGAACUUACCCUACAUUUUCUUUGACAGGUUUCAGUUUCGAGUAGCGUUUUAAAGUUGGGCUCUCCAGGAUCUACUGCUACUCAGAGCGUUGGUGCUUAAUCUGCUGUGACAAGCAUGCCCUAUUCUUGCAGUCUCAGCCUCAUAGGGGCGGUUUAGAACUGACGAAAUGAUCUAGACAGAAUUUGUAACUGUAGUGCCCAAAUAAUGGAUUUAGAAGUGCAGGUAAUCUAGUUGGACCUAAUAUACCAACCAUAUGCUUUGAUCUCUUUUGGCCCCUUGGUUAACUCGGAUUCAUUCUCUCUGGGAUGAUGAUCUGUUAGUUCUGUAAAUAUUGCUCCAUCUGGUAAUGUAUUUUGGGCAAGUUUGUCGAUCCA